GGACUCUCUUUUUUUCAGACUGAACAAAGCGACGCGAACUAAUCCGAGGCCAUGUCACACCUGCACAGCAGCAAUACCGACUACACCAACAGCACCGCCACCACCACCAACAACAACGGCACCAACAUCAACAGCGGCGGCAACACAAUCCUCAGCAAUGCACAUCCACCCCAAGUUCAUGCUCAACCACCACCACCCGUUGUCUUAACCCCGCAAUGGCUAAUGUCCCUGAAGGUGUCCAAGAUCUUCAAGGACAACACCCAGAUCAUCACCUCUCUCGACUUUGACGACACCGGAUCCAAAUGCGUCACCAGUGCCCAGGACGAGAGUCUGCACGUCUAUGACUGUGUAACCGGAAAACUGGACAAGACGCUAUUCAGCAAAAAAUACGGAGUUCAUCUCGCCCGGUUCACACAUCGAUCCACCAACGUUGUCUAUGCAUCGACAAAGGAGGAUGACACUCUGCGAUACCUAUCUUUGCACGAUAACAAGUACAUUCGAUAUUUUCGAGGACACGAGAAAAAGGUCACAGCACUAGAGAUGUCGCCGCUGGAUGAUCAAUUCUUGGCAGGAAGUGAAGAAGCCGUUCGAUUGUGGGAUCUCCGCAGCCCGAACUGUCAGGGUGCCGUCUCAAUAGUGGGACGACCGGCUAUUGCAUUCGAUCCCAGCGGAUUGGUUUUUGCGGUGGCAUUAGGAUGCAAUUUGCGCUUAUACGACGUCAAAAUCUUUGAUCAGGGACCAUUCGAUAGCGCCAUGAUCGGCCAAUCUCUCGGAAUCGACCCCACAUCCGAUUUGCCCACGGCCGUCAUACCCACACAACUAGAAUUCAGCUCCGAUGGUAAACACAUCCUCGUGACCAGCGCUGGCGAUGCCCACUACAUCGUCGAUUCCUAUCAACCCAUAAGCACCCGCUUCCGUCUCGUCGGCCAUUACGGCUAUGGAAACGAACCCUUCCAGAGCGGAGGCGAGGCCUGCUGGACCCCCGAUGGCAAAUUCGUCGUUUCGGGUUCGAGGGAUGGAAAUAUUUAUGUCUGGGAUAUCGCCAAGGCUAUGGCCGAUCAGGCCGCCGGCAUCUUUGUGAAUGGCUCUGGAGGCAAUGGCGGAAACGGCGGCGCCGGAGGCGUGAAUGGGGCUCUCCCCGGGAGCCAUCAGACGAAUUUGUUGAGUGCGAACGGAGAGCUCCGGCCGUUCAAGGUGUGUAAGGCACACGGGACACCAAGCCAUAUCGUUGCAUUCAACCCAAAGUUCUUGAUGAUGGUUAGCGGAUCGACAGAACUGGCAUUCUGGGAGCCUGAUCCAAACGCUAUAGGGAUGGAUGCGCUACAUGACUUUUCCAGAGGUGGCCGCCAUUGAUGCCGCCUUUCGCCUAAAGAGCAACAUGAAAAUAAAGAGCCAUCCGCGAGCACAUUGAGAAAAUUUAUUAUGCCUCUAUUUUGAAUUGAAGUAAAUUUGUUAAUAAGCGGCCUAUUAUACUUUCCCAAAAGGAAUUGCUGGAGAGUCUUUGGCGAGAAAUCCAGCAUGCAAAA